CCGCCUUCUUGACGAUUUCUUUUAUUCUAUACAGGUUGUGGACACGGAAAGAAAAGGAGAUAGCCAUCAUCACACAUAGUGGAUUCUUGUUUCACGCACUAAAUGGAUUCGGCAAUGACUGUCACCCUUUGGUUAAGAAAGAAAUUUGCAAGCAUUUUGCAAAUUGCGAGCUUAGCUCUAUGGUUAUUGUGGACAAAAGCAUGUCAGGAUCAGAUCCAUCGACAACUAAUUAUCCAGGAAAGAUACCCCCUGGUCCUGAUCUCCCUAGUGAUAGUGUAGACAAGAAGAACUUGAAGCAAGCCAAGCUCAAUUCUGGAUGGAAAAAGCUUCCUACCCCCAGCUGGGGGUGACACCCAGUGAGGUGUCACCCGGGGGUUGGAAGGAAAAAACAGUUUUUUUUUUUUUUUUUUUGAUUUUCGAC